AUGAUCCAACACACGAUAAUAACGCGGCUCGACGGUCUGAUUUUGACUGCCUCUGUCGACGACGGACAGACAGACGCCGAAUUCAACGAAGUCAAAGCCAAGGUCAAGCUUGUCCAGCGCCGCCUGAACCGCAACUCGGAGCCGCAAGCCAGCAUAGAGAGCGGCAACUACACAUACCACUACAUGAUCAGCGGCGACCUCUGCUUCCUCUGCAUAUGCGACCGCUCCUACCCGCGCAAACUCGCCUUCACAUACCUUUCCGACCUCUCUUCAGAAUUCACCACAAUCUACCAACCACAGCAGUACCUCACACCCUCGUGCCGGCCCUACGCCUUCGUCGAGUUCGACACCUUCAUCCAGCGCACCAAGAAGACAUACCAGGACUCGCGAGCGACGCAGAACUUGGACAAGCUGAACGAUGAACUCAAAGACGUGACCAAGGUCAUGACCAAGAACAUUGAGGACUUGCUGUACAGGGGUGACAGCCUAGAGAGGAUGGGCGAUAUCUCGAGUCGACUGCGUGAGGACAGCAGGAAGUACAAGAAAGCGGCUGUGAGGAUCAACUGGGAGUUGCUGCUGAAGCAGUAUGGCCCAAUUGGAGGUCUGGCCUUUAUCAUUAUUGUCUUUGUCUGGUGGCGCUUCUUCUAG